AUGGGGCCCUCCGGUGCGCUCUCAUCGCUGCCAAAGCUCAUGGCAAGCGUGGGGUCGUGGGUUGAGUCAGUCAAGUCCUCCCCACCUCUGCCCCUGAGCCCACCACCCACAUCCGAAUAUGGCGACAGAUAUGAGGAAGACUCCCGUCUUCAAGAGUGCAUUGAGGAGGAUAUCAAGCAAAGCAUUGAACGAGACGACGAUGGCGAUGUCGAUAUGACCGACUCGGAAGGUUCUACACCACCCAGUUCUGACCCACGAACCCCCGAGUCUCGUCACCAUCUACGCGGUGGUUACCCCAAGCACCGACAACCAUCCUUUGGUCAAUACAGCCCAACCUCCAGACUGGCUAUGAUCCAGGAGGAUGAGCCUCUGGAGAUCCAUGAAGAUGGCUACGACACAAACAGCGACUGGGAUGACUAUGGCACCAUUUCUCAGAUCAUUGGCGAUUAUGAGGAAGGCGUCAGUCGGUUGGAAGGCUACGAUGACUGGAACGAAGAUCAAAAGAAGGUCCACAAGCUCAUCUAUCUGCGUGGGUUGCAUCCCAUGAUUCCAUCCAACUGGAAAAUCUGCUUCAAGAUGUGGGGCAUCAAUCAGCCUCAUCUUGACGAUGUUUUCACUCCUUCGGAUUGCGAGAAGCGUGUGGUGAUUCAUGCCUACAAGGGCAUUCACGCAGCUGGCAAGGCACUCGAGAACCUCUUUUACCUCUCCCAGCACGUCACCGACUACGAGGAGCUCGGCCUCCAGGACAAGGCGUCCGGUCUUAUUGUCAAGGCUAUCAAGAGUUACAUUAAAUGGUCGAUGCAGGAUGCCAGCAUGACUCCCCGCAAGGAACUCUCAAUUGUUCUGGUGCACGACUACACUGCGCGGCUACUCAACAUGCCCAUUUCUCGAGACAACUCUAUGGGGGUUGAUCACGAUUCUUUUGCCUAUGAUAGCGACGAAGAGGGGAGCAGCUACGACAGAGAGAUUGAAGAUGCCAUGUCUCGCAGCAUCGAGAGGAGGUUGAGAGCUCUGGGGAAACGAUGGCGCGAGGUUCUUGCGAGGGGCAACAGAUUUGUCUCCAAGCCACCGACGCUUUACCAGUUUUCUGUCAUUCAGCACAUGGUCAUGCUGAGCAGCUUUGAUCCGUCGUCGUCAAAGAACCCGAUUGUCAUUCUGCAUCAGGUCCCGAUGAAUGAUCGGGGGCAGUGGCUUUGGAAUGCGCUGUCCAUUGCGAUUCCUGUUCACUUGGCGAGGGAAGCGAUGAUUGAUCUGCUGAAUGUCGAGGGAGUGAUGGCGGAGCUAUCCGAGUCUGAUGAUCCAGACUUGUAG